AUGUCAUUAGAAAAUAGUAAACAGAUAUCGGCAGCAUCCUUGCAGCCUGAGGUAUGGACAUCCUCCUCAAACGACGCCCUCAAGUUGUUCAUCACUGAUGGAGAGCAAGCAAUCAAUUUCCAACCUUUGUUCACAUACCCAAUAUUUGGAGACGCUGAAACAAUUUAUGGCUAUAAAGACUUGAAUAUUUUCCUAUGCUUUGACCACUACACGUUCAAGCCAUUUUUGAACAUCAAGUACAAGGAGAAGUUGGAUGAUCCAGAAUUGGUUGAUUUGAAAGCGACGAUGGAUAAGUACGUACCAGAAUGUACCGUAUUCAAAGAUGAAAUUGCGUGGGUUGAUUCAAUAAAUGAAGAGAAAAAGAGUUACCAAAUACCGGGCGCUAGGAUAGAUAGUUUCAAAAAAGACGACAUUGAGUACCAGAUAUACAAGAUUGACUUGAAACUGGCAGCGGGGUUAGAGUUGCAUAAACGGUUACAAAUUUUGGUGUUGUUGUACAUUGAAGCAGGUUCGUUCAUUGAUGCUGAAGAUGACUUGUGGGAUCUUUAUGUACUUUAUGAAAAAGCACCAGAGGAUAAGGAGCCUUCAAUUGUUGGGUUCACGACUGCUUACAACUACUGGAAAUAUCCAGGAGCCAAGAACUUUGACAAUGAGAAAUUGGAGGUUAGAAUAAAAACAUCGCAAUUUAUUAUACUUCCAACUUAUCAAGGACAAGGUUUGGGCCAAUUGUUUUAUAGCCACCUUUGCAAGUACUGGCUAGCAAACAAGGAUAUUGUUGAAAUCGUUGUUGAAGAUCCAAAUGAAGGUUUUGAUGAUAUGAGAGAUCGAGCAGAUUUGAAGAGAUUGGGUGAAUUGGGAUUUGACUUUGACAAGGUUGUUGCCAAGGACAUUGAUCAAGAGUGGAUUAAAAAUGCAAGAGCUCAGUUAAAGUUGGAGAAGCGACAAUUUGCAAGGUUGUUGGAGUUGAUUUUGCUAUAUAAAUUGAAGCACAACAAGGACGUAUCCAAGUCGGAAGUGAGGUUGUUCAUAAAGAGAAGGUUGUACAAGAAGAAUAAGGAAGGGUUGGAUGCAUUGGACGAAGCCACUAGAAGGGACAAGUUACAAACUGCUUACCAAGCUUUGGAAGAAGAUUAUUACAGGAUACUUGGAGAUUUACGACUUCCGGUAAAGAGAAAAUUUGAUGGCAAAGACAGUUUUGAAAGUAAAAAGAAAAAGGCGGACUGA